CCUGGCUGCCAUCGGGGCCCCCUGGCAAAAAGUCUGGUCAUCAUCACACACACUGACCAUGUCCUGGCCACGAUUUCCAUUCUGUCCACUCGUAGAGACGUCGAUGUGAUCCCGAUGAACGAUGCCUCAGAUCUCGGCUGCUAUCCAAGCCGCAGAGGCGGAGGGCCGCAUCCCCUCGAGCGUCAGUCUGGACUACCUGGCCCAGUCGCGAGAUCAGCCCACCAAGAUCGCCAUCCUCUUCGUUGGCGCCCUGACCUUCGUGAUCGUCGUCGCCAGGUGCUACGCCAGACUCUUUCUUGUCAAGAAGUUCGGCUGGGAUGAUGGCUUGGCUGUUUUUACUCUGUCCCUCUACAUCUCGAUCGUCGCCCUGUCCGUGGUCUUGAUUGACAUGGGGAGUGGCCGGCACAUUGAGUACAUCCAGUAUGUGCUGACCUUGACCCAGGUCGACAACACCGAAAUCUACGACUUCGUCAUGCACAUCUUGUACACAACCGCCUUGUUCGUCUGUCGGCUGUCCGGUCUGGCCUUCUACCAACGCUUGGCCUCGCGCCACCCCAAGAUCUCCUUGGCCAUCAAGCUUUCGGCAGGCUUUUUGAUCGCCGCAUACCUAACCCAGUUUUUUCUGCUGCUGUUCCACUGCCUCCCCGUAACUGGCCUCUGGCCUUAUACCUGGCAGCCGCAGAUCGACGAUUAUAACUGUAUCUCCUGGGGGGAUGUCUAUGUCGCCAAUUCGGUCUUGUCACUGGUCUGCGAUGUGAUGAUGUUGACCCUCCCGUCCAUGCUGAUCUACAUGCUGCAAGUGUCCCAGAAGCGGAAACUUCAGCUGUCGCUCAUCAUGUUCCCGGGCGUCUUGGUCCUGGUUAUUUCGUGCGUCCGCAUGUACCUUGUCAUUAUCGGCCAGUGGUCCUCCGACGGCAGUUGGGCCUACGACCCGAUGCUGGCGAUCGAAACGUCCGAGGUGGGCGGCACCCUGAUCGCGCUCUCGAUUCCCGCCAUGAAGUCUUUAUUCGGAUCGUGGUUUUCGCACCUCAAAGCAUACUCGUCGCGUGCAGGAGGGACUAGUGGCAAACCGAGCGGAGCAGCACACCGAACCUAUGGGCGAAGCUGGGAAACCGGGGUGAAACUGAGCAGUCUGGGAAACCGCACCAUGGAUGACGCAUACAAGGUCAAUAUCGGGGCGGGGGAGGAUCCAAUCGCCCAGAUGCCGACUAGUGACCGACACCAACGUUCGCGGAACGACAACUCGUCGGAAGAUCUGCUCAUGGACGCAGGGUUCUCGCAGGAGAAUCGACAGUUGGCACUCAAGCACGGAAUCCGCUUGACGGAAGAGAUUUCCGUGUCGUCGUCGAGAGCCUCGGGGAUCCACCAGUUAGGUCGCUGAUGAAUUAGAUAAGGGUCAGCAAUAGUAAUAAUAUCGGUAUUUUUUUCCUCCA